GCUCGCGGGCUGCCAGUCUUCGCCGUGACCUUCAACCACCUUUCGCAGGCCUUCUACUGUGCCUAUGACGAGGCGCCAGAGAACGCGUUCGUGGAGGCUGCCCUUCGAGCCGGCAUCAGAGUUCGAAUGAUAUCAGAGGAUUGCCCAGACUUCGCGCUCAUCUGGCUGGCGAACUACCACAACAAGUUCCACGAGGGGUCAGCAUGCACGUUCGUGCAGACUCUGAAGGGGGCGCUGGACAUGGAGAAGAG